CCCUGCUCUUUUUCUGCUCCGCCCACCGCAACCUUCAGCAUGCAAAUCACGUCCAGCGAUCCGCUCGUCGACUCCAAGCUCCAAAGAAUACUGCUAAAGUUCCGGCCGAUAGCCCCGAAACCGCCGGCGAUCUCCACUCUCCUCGCCGCCGAUCCCCACCGCUCCAGAUUCCGUCCGAUGAUGAAGAAACGGAGAAGCAGAAACAUUUCGAAAAGAACAACCGCUUCAGUGAAAAAAGAAGCGGGUUUGGCGUGCGUGAAGGUGGAGAGAAUCACGGAGGCCGGCAGGAGCACCGCCUCCGGCGAGGAAAUUAAACGAAGGAUCGAAGCCGAUGCGUCUCCCUGUUUCAUCUCUGAUUCUGCGGACCGCGUCACGUGGAUCAACGCGGCCUUCUGCAAGAUGGUUCUUUUCGAGGAGAAGCCGUCGUUGUGUGAGCGAGCUUCGAUGAGGGUGGAAUUGGUCACCGGCGGGAAGGUGCCGGGAGGGGAGUGCGGGGGAUUCAGCUGCGUUGCAGGCGUGCGGAGGGGGAUGAUGAUGAUGAUGGUGGCGCUGUGCGAUGUGUGGAGGUUGGUGGAGGAAGGGAAGUGGGCGUGGCGGCUUGAUGUGGAAACUGCGCUUGGUCUUGGGCUGAGAUCGCAGCUCAUCUCUGGAAAUUCGACAAAUGUAAUGUUUAGAAGAAAUUUGAUGAAGGUUGUUGUUGUUUCAAAGGAAGCCGGAGGAUAAGACUGGAACGCUUUUGCUUGUGGAAGAAAAUGGGAAAGAAGGUAUGGUGUAGCUUUGACGAGGGAAGGAGAGAGCUGCUGACUAUGGCGGUAGAGAGAGAAAGAAAUCACUUUUGUGCUUUUGCAAGUGAAUUUUCUAUAAUUAUGAGUGAUUAAAUUAUUAUGAGAAGUGUAUUUUUGGUCCAAGUUUUGUUGAUGGCAUGAGUUUAUGUUGUUUAUGUGUGGUUUAUAAGUUAUGAGAAUGAAUUUUG